UCAGCUUACCCAGAGAACAGCAGUUCUCUGAGGCUGUGGGUCCCCCUCCCAGAAGCCUUGUGGGUUAACCGGAUCUGAGUUUCCUGGUUCCCGUCUGGCAGGGGAUGAGUGGACAUUUUCACUGCCUUCGUUCCCCAGGCUCCAGCCUCAGCCCCCAAUCUCCAUGGCAACCCUAGACACAAUCCUAAUCUGAAGAAGGAUCUGGAGCAUAAAGACCACUAUAAGGAGGCCAGAGGGCUGGUGGACUCACCUCCUCUUGCUCCUUGUGUCCUGCCAGCCCGUCUGCUGGGUCCCCACACCCUGGUCUCCCCAGGGACAUCCAAACUGAGGAUUCUGCAGGUCUGCGCCACUGCUGGGCACAGCGGGGCUAUGGAGGCCUGUCCUCUGCAGCUGCUUCUGCUGGGGGCGGCUGCCUUGGCUGCAUCUGCUCUGGAGACAGCCGACCUGGCGGCCCGGUGCGGGCGGACGUGGCAGGGGGCCGGGCUGCUGCUGCGCUCUCACGCCGCCUCGCGCUCCUCCUACUUCGUGGCCCGGGACGCCGACUGCGCGCUCUGGAUGCGGGCGGCGGCCGCCGGCGACAGGAUCCGCUUCCAGUUCCGCUUCUUCCUGGUGUACAGCUUGGCCGCGGCGGCCCCGGGGUCCCCGGCGCCCCCCGCCAACCCCGCCGCCCCCGCCGCCUCCGCCGCGCCCGCCGACCCCUGCGCCCCCGGCUCGUACGUGCAGUUCUACGAGGGCCCGCCGGGGGCGCCGCGGCCCCUGGGCGCCCGGGUGUGCGGCCGCAGCAUCCCCGCCGCCGUCGCGUCCUCCGGGCCCGUCCUGGGCCUCCGCCUGCGCACCCGGGGCCGCCAGCCCCGCGUGGCCUUCGUGGGCGAGGCCACCUCCUUCCGGCUGGGAUCCUGUGGUGCCUACUUCCGCUGUCAGAACGGCAGGUGCAUCCCCCCGAGCCUGGUGUGCGAUCGCUGGGGCGUGGACAACUGUGGCGACGGUAGUGACCAGGCUUCCUGGCCACCAGCCAACUGCAGAGGUCCCUCGCUGGCGCCCAGCCAGGCAGGGAGUACAGACGGCCCUCCGCCCAGGCCCCUGACGCUCUCCCCGGCUCUCGGGUCUGCAGGUCCCCUCCAGGUGGCCGCCGGGAGGAGCUCCCCUGCAGGCCGGGCCCCCGAACAGCAGGAUGCCGCAGCCCCUCCGGGAGGUCCCCGGCUCCGGGCCGCGGCGCUGGUCUCCUCGCUGGUCCUGGCCUCUGCGGGCCUCCUCCUGGGCCUCCUCUGGUGCUGCUGUGCCUCCAGCCGGCUGGCCCGGCAGGCUGGCGCCCGUGGCCUCUGCCCCCACUGCAGCAUCUGUCCGUGUCUUGGCCAGGUGGCUCCUGGGGGGCUGCAGCCCAGUGGCCCGGCCUUCCAGGGCCAGGGAGGACGUCCCUAG